ACAUCAAAAGCCAUCAAUCAAAUGUCACUGGGCCAGUUUUCUGACCCAUUCGACGGCGUAGGAAUUCAGAGGCUCUCCACUUGGGACCCUCGUGGCGAUGUCGUGAUCGGCGCCAUUUUUAGCUCAAAGAUCAAGGAGCCGAUAGUAUUUGAUGAGACAGAGACUCUCGUGGUAACACAGCCAAGUCCCAGCAUCUUCACCAACCCGUCCCCAUUCCCACCAGACCAUGUGGAGGCCCGAAAAACGUGA